GGAUCCGCUGGUUCUGACUUCACAUGGCCGAUGGAUAAAUCUGAAGCUGACGAAGAAGCGAAUAAUACAGACGACGAUGUUUUGUCAAGUGAUUUAGAUCGACUGAUCGAAGAGGGUAUGGAUGAGAUAUCACCUGGUAGUGAAGGCUCACCAAUAAGUGAAGCCGAAGAAGAGAAGUUGAUUGGUGAUGAAAUUGAGAAAACUCUAAUGCAUGAAUUCGGUGAGGACUCUGCUGACAUCAUCACAACAACCAUUCCGAACUACGAACUACCCUCCUCUAUCAAUCCAUCACCACUUCCAGUAACUUCAACAGCAACACCGUUCACCGAUGACGGCACAGUGAAUAUUGUUGACCAAGCUAUCUAUUCAACAGCGAGUUUUAAUGAGCAGAACGCUGAGAUUAGCGACGAUGAAUUCAAUGCGGUUACGACGGAAAAGACACCCGCAGCGACGAACGACGAGUUGGAUUUACAGGAUUCAGAAGUUGGAACAACG